AUGGCUCCUCCAGAAACAUCAGCAACUUCAUCAAACAAGGCAAAACAGUCUUCAUCUAAAACAUCCAAACCAUCACAAUCAAAGAAGAAAUCAGAAACUGCAUCACCUUCAACACCACGACAACCAGAUGAGAUCGAGGAAGCCGACACAACAGUACCAGUAAAGACAUUCACACCAAAACAAAAACAGAAGCGAGUCGAAUCAUCAGAAGAUAACGAUACCGACGAUGCCGAGAGCGUAUAUCUAUCAUCAGACGAAGAAUCCUCAUCAGAAGAAGACUCCUCAGAUUAUGACUCGGACGACAGCGUCGAAGAGUUACCGCCUCGGCACUUGACAAGGAGAGCAACAGAUCGAAGUGUCAAGAACACUCCAGGGUCGCCAUUCACAAUCACACAAACCAGAAGCGAAACUACUCGCUGGAUAACAACUCAAAACAACGGAGGCAUAACGCGCGGUACAAGAAGUUACAGCGAGCAAACGACAAUGCAGGGUCAAAACAUGAACGGACCACAGCGGAGACCGAUGAAUAGAAACAGCGUCAGCUUUAACAUGAGUAUCAAUGUCGAUAUGUCCUUCAACGGCCUUGUCACGGGUCGAAAUCUAGGUUUCUCAGGGGUAUAUAUUCCCAUAAACUAUGUCCUUGUAAACACUUUAGCUGACAAGAUCCAGGGUUCACUAUCAUAUGGAUGGAAUCGACGCAGUGCACAGGGGGAUUGA